GCUUCUGCCCUCAGUCAAAAUGACGCUAUCACGGAAGUUGCCGAAGCUCUAGAGGUUGCCGAAGCAGGUCCGGAAGCUACCGAGCGAGUCCGGAAGUUGCCGAAAGAGAGCAGCGGGGAAGGAGGAUGGCGGAUAUCAUCGUAAGACUCCGAGAGGACGGGAUCCAAAAGCGUGUGAUACAAGAGGGCCGAGGAGACCUCCCUGACUUUCAGGAUGGAACUAAGGCCACCUUCCACUACCGGACCCUGCACAGUGACGAGGAAGGCACCGUGUUGGAUGACAGCCGGGAGCGAGGCAAACCCAUGGAGCUCAUCUUGGGCAAGAAGUUCAAGCUGCCCGUGUGGGAGACCAUUGUGCGCACCAUGCGUCAGGGGGAGAUAGCCCAGUUCCUCUGUGAUGUCAAGCAUGUGGUCCUGUAUCCCCUGGUGGCCAAGAGCCUGCGCAACAUUGCGGCCGGCAAGGACCCCCUGGAGGGGCAGCGGCACUGCUGUGGCAUCGCCCAGAUGCACGAGCACAGCUCCCUGGGGCACGCUGACCUGGACGCCCUGCAGCAGAGCCCCAGGCCUCUCAUCUUCCACAUUGAGAUGCUGAAGGUGGAAAACCCCGGCGCGUACCAGCAGGACCCGUGGGCUAUGACCGAUGAGGAGAAGGCCAAGGCGGUGCCUAUCAUCCACCAGGAGGGCAACCAGCUGUACCGUGAGGGCCACGUGAAGGAGGCCGCCGCCAAGUAUUAUGACGCCAUUGCUUGCCUCAAAAACCUGCAAAUGAAGGAACAGCCUGGGUCCCCUGACUGGAUCGAGCUGGAUCAGCAGAUCACCCCAUUGCUGCUCAACUACUGCCAGUGUAAGCUGGUGGCUGAGGAGUAUUAUGAAGUGCUGGACCACUGCUCCUCCAUCCUCAACAAGUAUGACGACAACAUCAAGGCUUACUUCAAGCGGGGCAAGGCCCACGCGGCCGUGUGGAACUCCCAGGAGGCGCAGGCUGACUUUGCCAAGGUGCUGGAGCUGGACCCAGGCCUGGCGCCCAUUGUGAGCCGCGAGCUGCGGGCCCUGGAGGCGCGGAUCCGGCAGAAGGAUGAGGAGGAAAAGGCCCGCUUCCGUGGCAUCUUCUCCCACUGACAGUUUCCCUGGCCCACCCUGCCUACCCUGCUGCUGCCAGCACCGCCAGUCUAGCUGCCCCCACUAGAUCUCAGUUCUCUGUAUAAAGGCCUUAUUUAUCUCUUUCUG